AUGUCUGAUGACGAGGUAGACCACGAGCUGAUCGCGCUUCUCCGCAAGUCACUUGGGCUGGGUGGAGGAGCUGCGAACCCAGGAGCAGCAGAGACAAAGGUCCUGCAAAACUCACAAUACGUUUUCGACAAUGCUAUCGAUGUCGCGCUAGAUCCCUCCAAAACCAAAGAGGCUGCAGAGACGAUUUGGCGCCAGAUGCAAAAGAAAGAAUACUCAACCAGCAGCUGGUCGGAACAUGAGCUACACCCAAAGGCCAAAAACGAAAGCACAGUCGACUUUAUUUUCACCAUGGAUUUGCUGAAUUUUAGCUUUUGGUCCGCCGAGCCGGAGGACAAGCGCUUUGCGAUCGAGUACCGGGGAAAGAAGUGGACCGGAUAUUGGAGCUUGGUGGCUGCUUUGCAACGAGCUUUGGACGAAGGAAUUGAAAUCACAAACCCGGAAUUCUGGGCAGACGAGGAGGAGUGCACAGAGGAGUUGAUCAAGCACAUUUUCCGCUCUGCGACUGAUGAAGAGAUGCCUCUGCUCAAAGAACGUCUCGAAUGCUUGCGCGAAGCAGGACGAGUACUAUGCAAUGACUUUGAUGGCAGUUUCACCAAUUGCAUUUACAGUGCAAACCAUUCAGCCGCUGCUCUAGUCAACCUUCUAGCGGAGAGCUUCUCGUGCUUCCGGGACGAGGCCGUCUUCCACGGUCGCCGUGUACGUCUCUACAAACGGGCACAAAUCCUGGUUGCAGAUCUAUGGGCGUGCUUCGACGGGGCGGGCUACGGCGAGUUUCAAGACAUUGACAAGAUCACGAUGUUCGCCGACUAUCGCAUUCCCCAAAUGCUUCACCACCUUGGAUGCCUCAUGUAUUCUCCGCCCCUAGAGACCCGCAUUCGCAAACAAGAGGAGAUCCCCAGCGGUUCCAAUUGGGAAAUCGAACUUCGCGCAACCAGUAUAUGGUGCGUGGAAAUGAUCAAACGCGAAAUCGAAAAACAGCACCCCGAGGCGAAGUUGGUAAAGACUAGCAGCAAGUCACUUUCAAAUGGACAUUCACACUCGCACUCCAAUGGUGUUUCCCACCCCAAUGGACAUUCCAGACAACCUCCUGAAAAACAGAACGGCAAUGACAGCCACACUGACACACAGGCCGCGCAUACCGGCCACUUUCGACGACACUCGAGGCACAGCAGCAGUGCGAGCAACGCCCAACCAGGCGCAGGCAUCGGCAUCAACGCCAUUUUGAUUGAUUUCUUUCUAUAUGAUACGAUGAAGGAAUUAGAAAAGCAAGGGCGUGAAACUAUCCCUCAUCAUCGGACGAGGAGUAUCUGGUAUUAA